ACACACCAACCUAACCUCAAAUAGCCGUCCUUCCUCAAAUGUCAAAAUAUUCAUUUCAUAGUUUGAUUUUUCAAUAAAAAAAUUUUAAAAGGAAAAUAAUGAAUUUCAAUUAUUUAAACAAUUCAGAAGCAGUGAUAAAUAUUUUCAAUUUUCCCCUACGUUGUUGAUGUUAUAAUAUAAUGAAAUUUUGACGGAAAAGCAUUUUAGGAAUUGAGAAAAAGACUUUUCUUUUUUUUUUUUGGUGUGUACAAUAAAAGGAGAAGGAGCGAUAAUUUCUUUAAUUAAUCGGCUUACGCAAGAUAGAGGUUUUUCUCGAAGGGAAGAAGAAAAAGUGAAUUAUUCGAAGAAAGUAUGUUACAUCGUUAAUGUAAAUUUUAAAAGUAAUGGCUUCGAUUUGUCGUCGUUGGCGAGUAUGGAUUUUACCAGUGUUGACGUGUCUCUAUGCCCUUAUUAUUGUCAUUCUUGUGCCUAUUUUAAUUGCUAAUUCCAUAAAAAAUGGAUUCAGAAAGCAGGAUCAAGGCGCAUUGGUCGGUGGGGCUUUUGUUCUACUCGCAUUGCCUAUUGCAUUUUAUGAAAUUAUUCAACACAUGAUUUAUUUCACACAGCCAAAAUUACAGAAAUAUAUUAUUAGAAUUCUUUGGAUGGUGCCAAUUUAUGCAGUGAAUGCGUGGUUGGGAUUAAUGUUUCCGGAAGGAUGUAUGUACGUCGACAGUCUCAGGGAAUGCUACGAAGCCUAUGUGAUUUAUAAUUUUAUGAUGUACCUAUUGGCCUAUUUAGAUUCCGAUCAACAAUUAGAACACCGAUUAGAAAUAUCGCCUCAAGUGCAUCAUAUGUUUCCCCUUUGUUGUUUACCCAAUUGGCAAAUGGGACAUGAAUUCGUUCACAUGUGUAAACAUGGAAUUCUUCAAUAUACAGCCGUUCGGCCCAUAUCGACAUUAAUUUCCGUUAUUUGCGCAUUGAAUGGAGUUUAUGGCGAGGGAGAAUUUAGAGGCGAUGUUGCCUUUCCAUAUAUGGUAGCUUUUAACAAUUUUUCGCAAUUCGUGGCGAUGUAUUGUUUAGUAUUAUUUUAUCGUGCGAACGCAGAAGCAUUGCAGCCAAUGAAGCCAAUUGGAAAGUUUUUAUGUAUAAAGGCAGUUGUAUUCUUUUCCUUCUUCCAAGGAGUAUUGAUUGCCAUACUCGUUUACUGCAAUGUUAUAUCAAGUAUAUUUGACACAGACAAUACUAAAGAUAUUAGACAAAUUUCGUCCAAGUUGCAAGAUUUUUUAAUUUGUAUAGAAAUGUUUAUAGCGGCAGUGGCGCAUCAUUAUAGUUUUAGUUAUAAACCUUACGUUAAUUUGGCCCAGACUCAGCCCUGGUGGGACGCUUUUAGGGCAAUAUGUGACGUAUCGGACGUUCAUAACGACAUUAAGGAACAUUUGGGAGUUGUGGGAUCAUCAUUGAGCCGUCGAAUACGAGGACGUAAUGUCUAUCAACAACCAUGGGGAAGUGUCACCGAAAGAACGUCAUUAUUACCAGAGACCCAGACUUCAAAAAGUGCACCCGGUUCAUCAAUAUCCGGUUAUCAUUCCGGUGAAUCCGGACAAAGUUCUGGUUCAAGUGAGUGUCUCCUCGCAGGCGACGAGCCCACCACCGAACCCCAGAACAAUUCAAAUUCAAAUUCAAUUAAUGCCUAGGAAAAAAAAAUCCAAAUUUUAUUUUUAUCCUCUUCUUUCUUUCUUUCUAUCUUUCUUUCUUUUUUUUUCUUUUUUACUAAUUCUUCCCUUUCGUCAAUCAAUAUUUUUUUAUGUAUUUCUACAUUUUUUUUGUAAGCAAAAAAAGAAGAAGGUUCGAUGAAAAAUACGAAACAAUCGUAUUUUGGUAAAAUUGAGCUUUAAAAAAGAAUUCUUUUUUUAAAAAUAAAUAUAGGUAAACAAUUACCUCUUUGAAUUAGGUGCGAUAUUAAGAAUAAUGGUUGUAUGUGAAAAGCAAAUAUUUGUAUAAUUUAUAUAUUAUAUAUAGACACAUAAUAUAAUAUAUAUUGUAAAAAAUUAUUAUAUAACGGUAGAAAAAAGCAGAGAUUAUUAUCAAGCCUGUGUGAUAAAAAAAAAGAAUAAGAAAAAAAGAUGAAAAUUUACCUUUAAACAAUUUCAAUAAUAAUUUGAAAUGUCGAGGGCGAUGUUUGAAAAUUACAAUAUAUGAAAAAUGAAAUGUAUGUAUACGCAAAAUGGAAAAAAAAAUUUUCUUGCGUAU